UUUUCUGUGCCUUCCUCCCAAGAAGCUGGAAGCGAAAGUAGAUCAGAGACAUGGCAGACGUCUCUCUGCUUUUGCCUUCUGAACAGCUGUGACCACACAGAGUCUGAGAAGCAGGGGACCCCGUUUCAAGAGCGCUUCCCCCGCUCUCCUCACAACAGAAACUCAGGAGAUAGAAAGUUUUCAGGGGGAGAGCUGAACACACGGGAUCAGCAGGAUGUUCCCAAGUUUGUUAGUUCUGUGCUGCCUGUCUCUGACGAUCGAGUCCAGUCACGGCGAAAUCUUACCUCCACGAAAUGUGUCCCUGCGGAGGAUUAACGACUUUGAUCAUAACGUGACCUGGGUACCACCAGAGAAUUCUGUCGAUUACCAGUAUAAAGUGUCUACAAAUACAAACGGACAAAAAUAUGAAUCCACUCAGGGCACUUCCUUAGUUUUGAAGGGGUUAAUGAAUGGAAACGUCUUAAAUGUGUCUAUCAGAAGUUUUUGGAAUAAGUCAUCAAGCGAGCCAGUGGUCGUCAGUGAAACUAAUCCAGAGCUGGUGACAGAUUUUCAGUGCUACGUCCACUCCCCAAACCAAACAAACUGCUCAUGGUCACCAACCGGUAUCGCCGCAGAUCUCCGUUUCUUCUACAAGUCUGAGGAUGAGUGGGAUGAAAUCGUCAGUGGAAUAGAAGAAUGCCCAUCGUAUACUUACACUGAUGAUCUGAGGACUGGCUGUUAUCUGCCAGUGAGCACACAACAUAUUAUAAGCGUCUUGUUUAACACAACACUGAACAACAAAACUGUCAGGAACACCUUCCUUAAACGCCUCAUUCGCUUUGUGAGACCACCGCCCCUUAACUGGAAAGUCGAGAAAAGUGGGAAUCAAUUUAAUAUUACUUGGUACCCUCCUGAAGUGAUUGCACAGGACGAGUGGGAAUAUAUAAUAAAUUACACUAAGUGUGGUCAACUAAAAAGUCCAAUAAUACUAAAAGAAAAAACAUCACACGAGCUGGACCGGGUCCCUCACUGUAGCUACAGCAUGGCUAUCAAAGCAAAGUAUGGAGAAAAAGGAGAAACACCGUGGACCGACCAACAGUAUUUUGAAGCAGACUCGGGCUUCAGUCCAUUAGUGUUUCUUGCGAUUACAGUCCCAUUGGUGGUUGCCACCCUGACAGUCCUGACUGUGAUGUGUUACCAGAAAAACAAGGAUACUAUCUUUCCCAAAGUACCAGAGCCUCGGGAUCUCCUCAGUGAUAUCUGCGACAACAACAAUAAGACGGCCCUGUGCAACUUUCAGGCCAUGGCGGUGGAAGAAGACAACUGUAAAAUUGCUCUUGUGGUAGAGCCCAAAAUCAACAAGCCAGACUGGUGAUAAGUGCCCGACGUCCCCUCGUGCUCCCAAAGAAGAAGAGCAACUAGAAGCAGCUGCUGCUGCUUCAGCACUUUGUAUUUAGUGCUGCUAAAAUCUGAUGCCAUGAAUCUCACAGGGAAAUACAAGACUGCAUGUCUUUAUCAUCCCUAUGGAGUGACACACAACAUAUACCAACGCAUUAAGUUGAUUCUGUAUUCACAGCAAUGCUCCCAUGGCAUUUUGAUCCCUUAUCAACAUGCUUUGUUUGCACACCGAAGUGGUUCCUUUUUUGGAAAUCAUGUCGGUUACAUAAUCGAGCCUAACACAAACGUCCAUUUUAGUGCAGGGUCACAGCUUUGCAUUGCACCGCCAUGUGUCAGAUACUGUGAGGCUCUUUGGACCCGUCUGCUGCUGAUACAGAUGAAACAACAACAACUGCAACCCCAUCGGCAGCAGACAGUAGGCGGUUGGUCGUGAGCUGAGCCUGAAUGUUGAGUCAAAUCAGAACAGCGUCAUCCACGCAUGUAUCCCAACAGACUUACUACCUUUGCACCGCUUACAGGGCUGCGAAAAAGCAUUUGCCCCCUUCCCGAUUGCCACACUUAAAUGUUUUAUCAAGGAAAUAUUAGCAUUAGGUAACACAAGUGAAUAUAAAAUGCAGGUUUUAAAUAAUGAUUUCAUUCAUUAAGGAAACAAAUCUAUCCAAAACUACUGUUUCCUAUGUAAAAAAAGUAACUAAAAUGUAACUAAAAAAUUGUUGGAUGGCCUGAAAUAUGUAAGUGUGACAAUCAUUAAGUGGGCAAAUACUUUUUCACACCGCCCCAAUGGUGUCACUGUCACAGCUUAAAUGUUUUUACUUCAUAUAUAUGGAAGACUUACUGAGCCAGUCUGCUGUUGACCUGUGAGCACUGUCCCUGUCCAGCUGCCAUUAACUGUAUUAACUGCCUUGGAUUUCUUGCAGCCUGGUAUGCUGUACAUAAGAAACAAAGACAUGCCCAGCUUUCUGAGAGUAUACGAUGUAAUGAAUGUAUCACUUAGUUGCCUACUUUACUAAGAGUAAAAAACAAAAAAACAGGGAA